AUGGAAACCUCGGUUUUGGAGACUUCGACGGAGCUAGUAGAUGUAACUCUGUACAAUUGCACGUGCGGCAGUGCAGCUGCAAGAAGAGGGCCGCACCAGAAAGUCAUCGGAUUUUCCAUUUAUGGCGAUCUCUCACGCGUGGAUAUUGUCCAGAAAUAUCUCCUCCCGCUCAAAGAAACAAUCAAAACGAUUCCGUCCAUCUACCCAGACUGGCUCGUGAGAAUUCAUCACAAUAUGGAAAAAGACGAUGACGUCAAUUCAUCGUGGACAAUUUUCCAGAACAUUUUAGACUUUGGAAGUCACGUCGACCUGUGCAACAUAACAGAGACGGUUAAUAAUUGGAAAAUGAAAAAUGAUUUAUUCGCCAUGACAUGGCGUUGGUUGCCAUUGCUUGACGACAUGGUGGAUACUUUCAUGUCCAGGGAUUCCGACAGUCUCAUUGUGGUGCCCCGCGAGCAGGACGCCGUUCGUGAAUGGCUUGCUAGCGACGACAUCUUUCACACCAUGAAAGACCAUCCUAAUCACUGCAGUACCUCAAUGCUGGGCGGAAUGUGGGGAGUUAAACUCAGCGACGAUCGUCCACGAAUCGUUGAUGCCUUUGAGGCGAUUUUCGCCACUCAUCACGAAACCACUUAUGGCUACGAUCAGUCUCUCCUGACAGAUCAUGUUUGGCCAAUCGCAAAGACGAGUGUAAUGGCUCACGAUAGUUACUGCUGUCUCAAUUCCAGCCUGAGCAGGCCGUUUCCUAGUAAGCGAGGCGAGGGCUUGCUCUUUGUCGGCGGGAGGGGCAAACCGGAAGAACGUCUCAAAUGGCCUUGUCCGCCAAUGUGCCGUCCGGCCAACGUGACUCCCGAAUGGAUUUUCUGUUAAACUACAUUUGCCAAUUUAAUGUUUCAUUUGUUAAGAAUAAAAACGUUACCGAUUGCAGAAAGUUAAAUCUCCUUGUUCAAACUCUUGAUGGAGAUUUGUAGUUAAAAUGAAUGCGGUGUUGAUUCCAAGGGCUUUGACAACAAAGAGCUGUUGGGCAUCAGCUGUUCAACUUCCCGUUACCUUGAUCUAGAAAACAAAAACAAAAGGCAUGGCUACUUCCUCAUCGUACGCCUCAUGGGCUACCAACAAACGUAAGACCUUUAAGUUCGAUUUAACCUUGGAUUUCGAUCAACAAGAGCUGAGCGAAAGCCCCGGGUGGAUCGGCCCGUUCUAUAAAUUGCCCCGGCUCUUUUCGUUCGGCAUCCAGUUUACUUGGUGGCUUUGUUGAAAGUGAUUGUCGGUGUAUACAUCUCCCCUCCC